UGCACCCAGCACGGCUUCUAUCUGACUCCGGUGAUCUGUGAGGAGAUGGCCCAGCCGGGGAAGGAGCCCAGGCAGCCCAGCCGCGUCGUCCUGGUGAAGAGGAUCAUUAUGAAGGAUGACAGCCCUAUGCAGCAGGGAAUUGGGAAACCCAGCGUCUACCAUGCCGUGGUCGUCAUCUUCCUGGAGUUCUUUGCUUGGGGUCUGCUUACAACUCCAAUGCUUACAGUAUUACAUGAAACAUUCCCCCAGCACACAUUCCUGAUGAAUGGCCUGAUUCAGGGAGUGAAGGGCCUGCUGUCUUUCAUGAGCGCUCCAUUAAUCGGAGCUUUAUCCGACGUGUGGGGCAGAAGAUCAUUCCUGCUGGUCACAGUGUUCUUCACCUGUGCCCCAAUCCCUCUCAUGAGGCUCAGCCCCUGGUGGUACUUUGCUAUGAUUUCCGUAUCCGGGGCUUUCUCAGUCACCUUCUCCGUCAUCUUUGCGUAUGUAGCCGACGUUACGGAGGAGCGGGAGAGAAGCACAGCUUACGGGCUGGUCUCGGCCACGUUUGCAGCAAGCCUGGUAACGAGCCCUGCUAUCGGGGCGUACCUCUCCACAAACUAUGGGGAUAACCUGGUGGUGCUGGUGGCCACGCUCAUCGCCCUGGCUGAUAUUUGCUUCAUACUGCUGGCCGUUCCCGAGUCCCUGCCAGAAAAGAUGAGGCUCAACACCUGGGGAGCGCCAAUCUCCUGGGAGCAGGCAGAUCCGUUUGCUUCUUUGAGGAGAGUAGGGAAGGACACUACUGUGCUGCUCAUCUGUAUAACAGUGUUCCUGUCCUACCUGCCGGAGGCGGGACAGUACUCCAGCUUCUUCCUCUAUUUAAGACAGGUCAUUAACUUCUCACCCACUACAAUCGCCGUGUUCAUCGGGGUGGUGGGGAUCCUCUCCAUCUUGGCGCAGACUCUGUUUCUCACUCUGCUGAUGAGGACCAUCGGGAACAAGAACACGGUUCUUCUGGGUCUCGGAUUCCAGAUCCUCCAGCUGGCGUGGUAUGGCCUCGGGUCAGAACCAUGGAUGAUGUGGGCGGCCGGAGCCGUGGCUGCCAUGUCCAGCAUCACGUUCCCGGCGGUGAGCGCGCUCGUGUCCCGCAGCGCCGACCCGGAUCAGCAAGGGCUGGUGCAGGGAAUGAUCACGGGGAUCCGGGGGCUGUGUAACGGACUGGGUCCGGCGCUGUACGGCUUCAUCUUCUUCCUCUUCAACGUGGAGCUGAGCGGGAUCGCACCCAUCCAGACUGACUACGCCAUUCCUAUCCAGACUUCUAAUGAGCAUUUGAUCGUCCCAGGCCCUCCUUUCCUGCUGGGAGCGUGCGCGGUCCUGGUGGCGUUCCUGGUGGCGCUCUUCAUCCCCGAGCAUCAGCCGGCGUCCGCGUCGGCAUUCCAGGAGCGCAAGGGGAGCGGCAGCCUGGCCGGAGCCCACGUUAACACCCCGCUGCCGGGCAGCGACGAGGACUUUGAGCCUCUGCUGGAGGACAGCACUGUGUGACUGCUCGUCCCGGACCAGCCCUAACGAGCCCUAACGAGUCUUAACGACACCGACUGGGCGCCCGCGUACCCCUAUUACCCCUAACCCCGCAUGAAGCAGCUCCUGUACCCCUCAAACCUCUCUGGAGAAUAAUUUUUUCUUAUUUAUUUAUUAAUAUUUUGAUUUUUUUUUAUAUCAAGAAGCGGUUUAUCGCUAAAUCUUGAAUGUUUGGAACCAAAGUUUUCCAUGAAUCGUUUCUUUUUCCAGUUCUAUUUUGCCACAGCAUACCUAAAAAAAAAAAGAACAAAAAAAAAAGAAGAAGAAUAAUAAUUCACUAAGGGCUUGAUGACGAGCGGAAUCGGGAACAGGACGCGCUGUAGCUGAAUGGAGCAGACUGGUGGAAAACCUCAGAUUUGAGUGGCAUCGCACCGGCCGUUUGAGGGCCUCGGGUACAGAUGAGAUUUUAAGUCAGGUUUAUUGGGCAAAGUGCAGUAAAGUGAAUGAAUUGCUUCAGUUGAUUUUAUGGUUACCGCUCUGACCUUCUGUGGGUUUUUUAAAGUCUUUUCUUCAGACCUUUUAUUUUCUUUUCGUGUUUUUCGUUUAGUUAACGAAACUCUGGUGUUCCUAUGUACAUUUAUCGUAUUUUGGAUUAAGAGCCAUGAGAUAAGUGUGAGAUUACUCUGAAUGAGACGUUAAUUUUACAACCCUUUCACACAGAGUCAGAUUUUUUCAGAAAUAACAGAACAGAUGUGAUUAAAAAAAAAAAAUUGACUCAUAAACCUGUCACAAUAAUUACAUUAUUGAUUUAUCAUAAAACACAUGUAUGGACAUAAUCAUUUUUGCUGACCUCAGUAUUAUCCGUUGUUUACUUAGUAAGGAACGUCCAUUAACAUGAAAAGGGUUAAACUGUUUUCAAAAGAGCUUUUACUUUAUUUGUGCUUUUAUAUAUUUAGGAACAUUUAAUAUAAUCAAAGUUCCCCUCUCUGAAUAGUCUUAGAGCAUUUUCACACCUGUAUUUGGUUUAUCAAUACAGGUCAAUACGUUUCCCAACAAACAACAUAAGCACGUUGUCUCCUCUGAUUGGUCAGAUCUGUCUGACGCGAGAGCACAUAUAUCCACAUAUAUUUGUGCAGUGCUUUAACACUAAACGCAGUGAACGUUGCAUGUACCGCAUUCAGUUUAAAAACAGCCUAGCAUGGAGAAACAGUCAGUGCUUCAGAACGAUAAGUCAGUGCUCGAUUUCAGACACUGUAAUUAUCUGCGGAAUAAAUCAGAUUAAACUGCACCUGAACAGCCGUUUAGCCCAAAGCAUAUUCAGUAUAUUUUAUAGGUGUUUGUUUAUAGGUAUUGUUUAGGUCAACACUUGAGUGUGAUUACUAAUUUUCUGCUCAAACGAUCUGUUUAAACUAGAGCAAAUAGUGCUGGUGUGAAAACGUCCUUAUUUUUAAUUAAAGAGUCAUUGUUCAUGGAAAGUAAUGUGGGAAUACAUCGUUAUGCUGCUAUGUUAAUAUUAUUUUAUCUGCGACAUAAUAUCUUAACAUCUUAAAAUGACAGUAAAAUUGUUUAUUCCUAGAAACUUUUUGUGUUCUGUAAAAAGGGGAUUUUAAACUCUUCAACUCUUAUAAAUGGCCACUCUUUCAGUUUCUCUGCUCCCUGUCCUGUUCUGCUCUCUUUUAGUUUACGGAGAUAUGAUUUUUAGCUCUUUCUGCAACAAUGAGAACUGGGCUGUGAUCCUCAAUUGAGCUCAAUAGAGAUCAGAGGUCAGCCUCAUCUGAAAAACUCUGUGUACUCUGUGAGAAAGGGCCUUUAGUUACGGGAGAGUUUCUGUUAACAAGCCUUAACGUUGUUACAUAUCUAGUGAAGAAUGACGGGAGGAGUUUUUUAUUAUUAUUUAUUAACAGUUAGCGUUUUGGAGUGACGUUUCAUAGCACUUCAGAGCUGAGGGGUUUGUGCAGUGUCUGGACGUCUUUAUAUCCACGCCCUCAACAUCAAGCUUCUUUACCGUUGUUUUUUUAUUACUAUUAUUAAUAUGAUUAUUUAUGUUUUUAACUUCGCAGCAGGUCAGACCAUUCAUUGGUGCUAACAGAACAGCUGAGCCUGACGUAGAUACUGUGAGUGACGUUUUAUAGUGAAGGUCAUCACGCAGUAAAGAGAUGCUGAUGAAGCUUUUAUUGGGCAGAUUAAAGUUUCUAUGCAGAUUAUAAUUUUUGUUUUAUUAUUAUUAUUUUAUUUUUUAUUUUUUUGGCACUUUAACUCGCUUUAAGCCACUGUUUAUUUAACUGGUUUAUUGUAAAAGCUGUUUAAUGACGCGCUGUGUAAGGCUGGGUAGUUUCAUAAGUACAUUGCUUAGACUUGCAUUGUUUCUACUAAGGGAAUAUUAAUAUUCCCUUAUAAUAAGGGAAGCGAUGGCAUUAUUUGUGUUUAUUUGGGAAUUUUUGAAAUUUUUGCACACUUGUUUCUAAUUCCAUUACUCAAGUGUGUCACAACCUACCUCGUCUUUUUUUUUAAAUGAGGUUUUCUGAGUCUCGAAUCUGAAUUGAACACAUUCUGGUACAGCCAUAUUCCAUAUUUUUUGUCAGAGAUUUAAUUCCUAAGAUUGAAAAACUUAAUUUUUUUUUAAAGGACUGACAAAACAAAUUCUCUCCAAGGGCAAAAUGCAGAUGCAUUCCAUUUGUACUUUGUACACAGAACUGAAUGGGUUACUUGCCAAGUUACGGCUCUUGUGCACUUUUCUUUUUCCUCGUAGUUUUACGAAAGGAUGGAACUGUACUGUAGAAGUACUGUAUGCUUUGUUAUGAAUCAGUGCAUCAUUCAUUCUUUUUUCUAUUCAGUUGAGAAUCCAAACUGGGAAAAUGGAAAAAAUACAUACAAUCCAUCAGGCGAAAGCAAUGCCACUAUGAUUGGGAGAUCGCUGGUUCGAAUCCCGGUCAUGGAGCUUGCCAUCAGCUGCCAGAGCCCUGAGAGAGCACAAUUGGUCUUGCUCUCUCUCUGGGUGGGUACAGUAGAUGGCACUCUUGCCCCUCAUCACUCCUAGGGUGAUGUGGAUCAGCACAAGGCUGCAUCUGUGAGCUGGUGUAUUAGAACUGAGUCGCUGCGCUUUCCUCCGAGUGUUAGCGCUGUAAUGCUACUCGGCAAUGCUACAGCAUCAGCAGCAGCUCAAAAAGCGUCGGAGUCUGACUUCACAUGUGUCGGAGGAGGUGUGAGCUAGUCUUCACCCACCUUGUGUUGUGGCUUUACUAGUGAUAAGGCAUAAUACAGCAGGCUAGCAGCUAAAUUGGGGACCAAAUUUUGAAAAUAAUCAUUAAGAAAUUACUAUAUGUUUAUGAUCAAAUAAAAAAAAUAAUUACAAUUACACAUUCUUUCAAAAACUUACAGCCUGUCACUUUAAUGCUUUAAUGCAUUAAAAUGGCACGUAGGUCUAUUAUUCUUUAUUUUAAGUGCAUUACAUAAUUAUAAAAAAAUCAAGUUUUGGCCCGGGUCAGAUGUUGGGUUUGAGUUUUUCCCCCUUAUAAUUUUAAAGUUUGAAACAACCGAAAGUUUUAGGCUACCAGAUUCAUAAACAAAAUUUUUAAAAUAUAUGUUUUUUUUGUUUUUUUUAUCUCAGUAAAUUCUCAACUCAGUAUACAGAAGAAAGAGCGAUGCACUGAUUGGUUUAUUCUCAGCAUUCCCGAACAAGAACAAUCUGUAUGCAUUUAGAUUACUGUCAUUAUCAUUAUUAUUAUGAUUUGGUACCAUGCAGGUGUGUGUUGUGUGUUUUGAGCACCUGUGGGGGUUCUGUAUGAUGCGGUACUGUGAGGGAAGACCCCGAUUGUUCUGUCUGACUCGUCGCAUUUCGAUUUCUAGCAUUCCAGCCCAGCAUGUCACAGCCUUCGUCUGUCUCACGUCGUGCGUCCAGGUCGUGUUUUUUUCAGUAUGGGACUCUAAUGCUGCUGCUGCUGCUGUUGUUGCGUUGCAGUGAAAUUUUCCGCAAAAAAAAAGAAAACUCUUUCUGUUCCACUGCGUUCAGCUUGAGUCGCGGGGUGGAAAGCGCUCGCGACGAAGCGCCCGAACCCUUCUGAACUCCACUCGAGACGGCAGAGUGCACCGGACCUCUGCGGCCCACCAGAGACUUUUAUUAAAGUGUUUUGGAGGAGGUCGCUAACCUGCAGUGGACGGCUGCAAGGAUGGAUGGAUGGAUGGAUGGAUGGAUGGAUGGCGUGUGUGCGCGUGUGUGUGUGCGUGUGUGUGUAUAUAUAUAUAGGACCUCUAGUGCACAGCCUGUACCAGUUAUUAUGGCUCUGUAAUAUAAAAACGAUGGUAAUAUUAAGUAUUUUAAGAUUGUAAAGUAUUGUACAUGUAUUGAAUAGUAUUAACGGAGUAUAUUAAUUAAUUGAUGAAUUAAAUGUUGCUAGAUCCUGCUAUAUUUUUGGAACUGAAUCUCGCCGGCCGCUCACAUCGGGAACGCUCCCGGUCUCUGACGCGGGCUUUCUCUUUCGUAGGAUCGGCAGAGACGACUCAUUUCACCAGCUCUUAUCUGAAUACGGCUUUUUACAGAGACUGAAUAAGCCCCGCCUCCUCCCGUUUCGGAGGAGGGGCCGUGGGAAGGGGGCGGAUCCAGCUCUCGUUGAGUAUUUGAAUAUUUGUGUUACGAUUUCUGCGAUUCUCAUCUUUUUUCCAGAGGAUACACAAAUGUGCCUAAAAUGUAAACCAUGUUCAUUUUUUUAAAAGUACCUGGACUAUAUUAGUGUAAAUACCGCAUAAAUACGUGAAACAGCUUUUUCUUUUUUUUUUUUUCUUUUUUUUUUUGCCGGCAAAAUAAUAAUGAAUAAUAAUAAUGAUUAUGAAUAAUUAUAAUAAUGAUCUGUACAGCAACUUCUGUAUUUAUUGUACUGUCUUGGUGGAGUCUGGUCAGUAGGCGUAAUUGUUGAAUAAAGAGGAGGAGGAGGAGGUUGAGAAGAGAA